CUUCCGGCAGUGAGUGAAAGCUGGGAUGGCGCUGCACCGUCAAAUGGAAUUCGCCCUCUGUCAUGUGUACUGAUCCGGUUUCUUCAAAGACACCCACAUCUACGUCCUUUUAGCUUGAGAAGAAUGUUUUUUGUCAAUGGGUGUGAGUCGACUUGAUGUUCUGUAUAGAAGGCUUCUCCUCACCAAACUCUUCAUUCAAGGAUGGGGAAAGCCAGAGGACCUGAAAAGAAUAUUUGCGUUCCGGAAGAUUAUUGGCAACAGGGAGAGAUACAAGGAUCUGGUACAGAGGGACUACCCAGUAUUUAUUGACAAGGUAGAAGAUCACACAGAUUGCAAAAUUCACAAUGGUCAUUUCAUAUCGCCGCUGGAGCACUUUGUCCCGGGCAUCUUGCCAGCUGAGUCCGUCAAAGCCCGUUUCCAGUUUAUUGUACCUAAGAAAUGGAAAAGGCACAGACCAGUCUGUAUUCACCUGGCUGGAACAGGAGACCAUUUUUUCUGGAGAAGACGAACACUAAUGGCCAGACCAAUGAUUAAAGAAUCAGGGAUGGCAUCUCUACUGUUGGAGAAUCCUUAUUAUGGAUACAGGAAACCUAAAGACCAGCUUCGCUCCAGUCUGAAGAACGUCUCAGACCUGUUUGUGAUGGGUGGAGCGCUGAUCCUGGAGUCUGCUGCACUGUUACACUGGCUGGAGCGAGAGGGUUUCUGGCCUCUAGGCAUGACUGGCAUUUCUAUGGGCGGACAUAUGGCAUCAUUAGCUGUAACAAACUGGCCCAAACCAAUUCCACUCAUACCUUGUUUAUCCUGGACGACUGCUUCAAGUGUUUUUACCACAGGUGUUUUAAGUCGAGCUGUGAAUUGGAGAGAACUGGAAAAGCAGUAUUGCGCACACCCAGUCUAUGAGGAAGAAAUCAUCAAUAUGCUGGAGUAUUGUGGGACAGACUCUUUCCGGAUGGGCCAGGAAUUCGUAAAAAACGUCCCAGGCAGCUUUGACAGUCUCUCUGACCUGGAUCUUACCCAUGACCUUCUUGACCUCCACUCGCCAGAAAGGGACCACCAGAUGGGGCUGCGCUCCUCUUGUUCUCAGCCUGGGACUGGAGGUCACGCUUCAGACUCAGCCCUAUUGAUGGGCCGAAGAGAGAGAGACGGGCUGGAUCAGAUGCUGUCCGCUGUGAGCAGCAGCGGGCCUCAUUUGGACAUGCUGCAUGCUAAAAACAUCACCUGCGGGGCUGGUCAGCGGCAUUCGCUGCAGCGGGAGUCUCUCUGCUUCAUGAAGGGUGUUAUGGAUGAAUGCACACACAUCGCCAAUUUUUCAGUGCCUGUAGAUCCCAGUCUGAUCAUUAUAGUCCAGGCAAAGGAAGACGCUUAUGUUCCACGCACUGGAGUUCGCAGCUUACAGGAAAUCUGGCCUGGCUGUGAGGUUCGCUACCUCAAUGGCGGCCACGUCAGUGCCUACCUUUUCAAACAAGGACUGUUUCGGCAAGCAAUUUAUGACGCCUAUGACCGGUUUCUUCAGAAGUAUUCCAGCCUAUAGCCAUGGAUUUUUUUGAUACUCAGUACUGACAAGAAAUGUUGGAUUUUGAAAGUAUGAUGUGGAGAUGUACAACAUGAAUAUGAUGACUGAUUCUUACAGACGAAUGUGUAAUUGGAACUAAACCUGGUGCUACCAGUGGCAGAAGUGUGUUCCUCUGUGUGGUACAUCUCAAAACUCAGAGUGACCUGAAACCAACUUACAUGUGCCCAACCCAUACAAAACCUUGUCUUCCUGACCUCACUGCCUUUAAUCAUGUAUAUCAUCAUGACUGAAACAUAUUUCACCAAACGAAACAAAGAUGUGCCUCCAAACCAUAAUUCGCUUACACAUCAAGGUGUCUUUAAACCUCUUCAUGAAGCAGAUCUCUGAAAAUACAGUAUUUUGGAUUGUAGGGCAAAUGAAUUAAUUUGAUAUGCAUUCGAUAUUUUUGUUUUACCAACAGAGAAUAUGCGAAUUUUUAGAGAAUUAUUUUUGCCUGUUUUUAUAAAAUAAUGCAUCAGAAAAAUGGCCUUGUCAUGGGCACGUUUUAAUCUUGCAGAUAUAUCUCGUAAAUAAAAAAAUAUAUAUAUAAUAAUAGUGUUUAACAAAUUGAGGUGAGUUGUUUGAGAACUGAUCAAGUCCUAUAUUUCCAGUACUUAAACAGGUCUUUAGCAAUGACUGGUGCUCAUAUGAGACAGAACUCAGGUGCUGAUGGCAAGAAAUAUGACCACAAUUCAAAAUAUACAUUUUCUGUGAACAGCUGCAUGUAUUUCAAUCCCUUAAAUCCUAAUCACUGCCAAAUACUACAGUAACAGC